AUGAAGGCCAUCCAAGUCCUUGGGGACGUAUCAUCCCCGCGAGUUACUACUAGUGACUCCAUGGUAAAGCCCGCCCCUCGUCGCAACGAGUUCCUCGUCAAAGUGUACGCUGCAGGAAUCACUGGAGACGAGGUGCUCUGGCCCGAGCUCUAUAACACCGCGACUCGGAUCCCAGGACAUGAAAUAUCGGGGGUCAUCUCCGCCACAGGUCCCGACUAUCAUGGGCCAUUGGAAGUCGGCCAGGAAGUCUUUGCACUCAUCUCAGCCAACCGCGGCGAGGGCCAGGCUGAAUACGCCAUCUGUCUUGUUGAUGAGGUCGCCCUGAAGCCGGCAUCAUUGUCUCAUGAGGAAGCUGCAGCACUGCCGAUCCCGUUUCUAACCGCUUGGGAGGCGAUCGUGGACCACGGGAAGGCGGAACCCGACAAGAGAGUCCUAAUCACGGGAGCCUCUGGAGCAGUUGGGUCCUUGGCUGUACAGCUCGCCACCAAAAUGACCGGUUGCCAUGUCAUUGCUCUGGCCUCGCCACGCAAUCACGAGUAUUUGCGGAAGCUGGGGGCUCGUGAAGUUCUUGAUUACAACAGUUCGAGCUGGGAGCACCAGGUCAAGGAUGUAGACCUGGUGUUUGAUACGGUGGGUGGAGAUGUUCUGACCAGGUCUUGGGAAGCUAUCAAGGAAGACGGGGCUAUCAUCACGGUCGGGGAUCCGCCACCACCCUGGGCAUUCGGGGGAAGUGAACCUGCUGAGUCUGCCAGCCUCCCUGGCGUGCGGUACAAGCACUUCAUCGUGUCGCCAAAUUCUGAGAGAUUGGGCAGCCUGGCUGGAAUGCUUGAUGAUGGUUUGAUCGAGGCUCUGGCAGUAAAGACAUUCCCAGUCGAUGAGGCGGAACAGGCAUGGGCACAUGCGCGGCUGAGAAAUCGGGGACCGAAGGUGGUAGUCAAUUUUGUGGAAGCCAUCCAGGAAGACUAA